GGUAUCUGAGAAGCAGACACGAGUUGUCAGGAUGCUGAGCCCCGUGGUGGGUGGCACAGUGCGAACACUGGCCUGCAGCAGCUGGACCUCUGUCCUCCCGGUCCGGUUUCGAAGCGCCUCUCGUCUGCAGAGCCCGGCAGAGGCCCGUUUCCACUCUGCCUCUGCCUCAGAAGCUGGCUGUCCCCGGGUCUUGAUUACAGGCGGUCUUGGCCAGCUGGGAGUGGGCCUUGCUAGCCUUUUGAGGAAACGAUUCGGGAAGGACAAUGUGAUUCUGUCAGACGUAAAGAAACCCCCCAGUCAUGUCUUCUAUAGUGGCCCGUUUGUGUAUGCCAACGUCCUAGACGCCCAGAACCUGUGCGAGGUCGUGGUGAACAACCGCAUCACCUGGAUGCUGCACUACAGCGCGGUGCUCAGCGCCGUGGGCGAGGCGAACGUGCCCCUGGCCAGAGCUGUGAACAUCACCGGAUUGCACAACGUUCUGGACGUUGCCAAAGAAUACAAUCUGCGACUGUUUAUUCCCAGCACGAUUGGGGCUUUUGGACCUACCUCCCCCCGGAACCGAACCCCUGAUCUCAGCGUCCAGAGACCCAGGACCAUCUAUGGGGUGUCCAAGGUCCACACGGAGCUCAUGGGGGAAUAUUACAAUUACCGGUAUGGACUAGAUUUCCGGUGUCUGAGGUACCCUGGUGUGAUUUCCGCCAACUCCCAGCCUGGAGGAGGAACAACAGACUACGCCGUCCAGAUUUUCCACGAUGCCGUGAAGAGUGGCAAGUUCGAGUGCAACCUGAGACCCAGCACCAGGCUCCCGAUGAUGUACAUGGACGACUGUCUCCGGGCCACCCUGCAGUUCAUGGAGGCCCCGGCCGAGUCCUUCUCCAUGAGAACCUACAACGUCACCGCCAUGAGCUUCACCCCCGAGGAGCUGGCCCAGGAGAUCGCCAAGCACGUGCCCGAGUUCUGCAUCACGUACCGUGUGGACCCUGCCCGGCAGGCCAUAGCUGACAGCUGGCCCACGAGCUUGGACGACAGCCUGGCCCGCAGGGACUGGGGGUGGAAGCACAACUUUGAUCUUCCGGAGUUGGUGACGACGAUGCUGAACUUGCAUGGUUGCGACACCAGAGUUGCCCGAGCCAACUGAAGACAUCAGAGGAGCAGUUCCUGGGUCCUGCACGGCCACAAGGGACAACGCCUUGCUCAGUUCUCAGACUGAGCUCGCCCCAGAGGAGCUGCUCCAAACCUUCCCACCCGACUACUGUGUAGACUCUCAGGUCACCGCUCAACUACCUCCUGAAGCCACCAGCCAGGGAAGCCUCCACCCCACAGGUCAGCGUGGCUGCCUAUGAUAAUGGCCGUGGAUUAAAAGGCAUUUGUACUGUGUGCCAAUGACAGUAAAUAAAUUGUUAGCAUUUGGAA